AUGCUCGAAUCGUAUGAUGGCGCGUCGUACCUGUCUCUUGGCACCCAGUGGUGGGACACCAAGAGGUGCGUAGACCCAUCAGAGGCCAAGGGCACGUGGGGCAUUCAGCGCAUGUUCUACCACUGGCCGCACAUCUACUGCCUCAAACCCGAGCUCUUCCCCAGAUCUGAGAUGUGCCUGGAUUACUACGGGCAUCGCAAGUACGCGAUCAACCUCGAAUACGUCUUACGAUUCGACUCCUAA